UCGUGAAUAGGUGAAAAUUUACUCUUCAGAUUUAGUCAAAGAAUGGAAGAUUGACAGCCAGAAACAAUUUGAUAUUUCGAUUAUAUACCCACUUGCUACUUCGCAAUACGAAUUUUAAUAUAUCUGUUCAAUUCACGUAGUUCAUAGAAUUGUAAAAGAUUAAAUCAAGGGGAAAUUUGUUCCUGUAAGCGGAUGGAGUGUCCUCAUUUGGAGACAUGCGUAAGAAUAUCUUCAGCGCCAGUGAAAUGUGAAAAUAAUCCGCCCGAAUUAUGUUGUUCAGUUUGUUUGACGGGUAGUAGUCCAUGGAUUUGUCUUUCAUGUGGAGUAAUUAAUUGUGGCAGAUAUGUUAGUGGUCAUGCUCGAGAACAUCAUGAAACCACACAACAACAUUCUGUUUGUAUGGACUGCCAUACCUUAAUGACAUUCUGUUAUUUAUGUGAUGAGUUUGUAAUAAAUGACACAACUGCUGGUAAUUUAGAUAAACUCCGCAAAAAUUUGGAAUCUUUUUCCCGACUAACACUCCAAUCACAAAGUGCUCAAAAUCAUAGAACAGGAAAGCCUAGAAGAAGAAGUUCUGUUGAAUCGGUAGAAAAUAAAUGUAAAAGGUUGAAAAGGGAAGAUAAAAAUAAAGCAAAUGGGCCGAGGUCGUCUGGUUUACGCAACCUUGGUAAUACCUGUUUUAUGAAUGCUGUAUUACAAUCAUUAAGUAAUAUUCAACAUUUCUGUGGCUAUAUAAAACAACUUCCUUCUUUAGAAGAUAAGAUUAUAAAAUGUAGAAAAUCACAGAUAAAGAAAACUCGUGAAUCUGGUGAUACUGUAUUAUUAGUAGAAGAAUUGAGAAAAACCUUAGUUUCAUUAUGGCAGGGAAGCAAAAGUUCCAUUUCACCAGAAUCUCUUUUUUCCGUUAUUUGGAAAGUUGUACCUAGGUUUAGGGGAUAUCAACAGCAAGAUGCUCAUGAAUUCAUGAGAUAUUUAUUAGAUCGUCUCCAUACAGAACUAUUACAACUUCUUCCCUACCCUAACAGUAACAGUCCUUAUAUUGGUCCAAAAGGCAAGAGUACAAUUGUAACUGCCAUUUUUGGUGGAUUACUUCAAAAUGAGGUCAACUGUCUUAUAUGUGGGAUGGAAUCUAAGAAACAUGAUCCAUUUUUAGAUUUGUCGCUAGAUAUUCCCUCCCAGUAUGUGACUAGAACCAGUAAAACAAAGGAAGGAGAAUCUGUGUGCAAGUUAGGAGAUUGUUUAGAGAGUUUUACUGAUGUAGAGGAGUUAGAAGAAUCUGAAUUAUAUAUGUGUAGUAACUGUAAACUUAAACAGCGGUCGACCAAGAAGUUUUGGAUACGACGUUUACCUAAUGUAUUGUGUUUACAUCUAAAGAGAUUCAGAUGGAGUUCACAUCAUCGAGUGAAAGUAGAAACAUUUGUUGAUUUUGAUUUAAAAGGUCUUGAUAUGAGUCAUUAUGUGUUAGAUAUGCUGCAUGAGACAAGAGGAAGUUCAUCAGGUAGUAAUUUGUAUGAUUUAGCUGCAGUUAUAGUUCAUCAUGGCUCAGGGGCUGGCUCCGGUCAUUACACAGCUUAUGCAGUGCAUGAAAGUCAGUGGUAUCAUUUCAAUGAUAGUACAGUAACAGCCUGUGAUACAGAAACAGUGGUUAAAUGUAAAGCCUACAUUCUAUUUUAUGUUCGCCGUCAAAUAAAACUACCUGAUUAUCUUAGUGUGACGGCAAAUGGAGAAGAGAGUUCAGCAAUAUAAACUUGUGUCAACUCUCACGUUUAAUGUACGUUCUAUAUGGUUUUGAGUGACAGAUGUGUAUAGUGUACCAAGCUUAUUAGAAUCUGCCUCAUCUAUGUCUGGAAACUAUUAACUGGGGAUCACAUUGUAGCUCUAAUUCAUAUGAAGCUUAAUUUUUUGAUGUAGCUUUAUCAAAAUAAUGAAAAACAAAAAGCUUCAAGAAGCCAGCCCCUUUGCCAAAAUAAAAUUACUUGGUAAUGGUGCAGAUAACAAUAGUCAAGUUACAAUGACAAUAAGAAAAUUAAUACAAGUAAGGACAUAAAAAAACACACUAAAUUUAUACUUUACUUACUGGUGUAUUAACAACUUAAUCAAUUGCAAUAUCACCCUAAGCGGAAGCGGACGUAAAGGUUGGAUAAACUAAACUAACAACUUCAUCUACUUGGAUUCUGUGGGUUCACAUAAAACUUUAACAAAAAUAUGAUCAAAUUUUAUUUAUUUAAAUUGAACGCUGAAAUUUAUAAAAUAACAAUGUUAACUUAAUCCAUUACAGAUUUUUUUUCUCUCUAUUUUUAAAAGGCUUGGUUUGUGUUGCAGCCUGUUUUGCUGUCAAGGUCUCUUAUCUAUAUGGUCUUGUCUGUAAAGAUGCAUUAAAUUGCACAAAUUAUUUUCUCAUUAAACAAAAAUCACCAUUUAAAGAUACAUUAGUUAAGAUUUUAAUAAAGAGUUGGCCAUUCUUGACAUAACAGGUCAAAAAUAGAUGAGAAAAAAAGAAAAUAUUGAAAAUUUCAGUCAGAUUACUUUAUUCUGAACGAAGUUAUCACUGUGGAAAGUUUGGACUAGAUAUAGGCAUCAACUGUCUUUGCACCGAGAAUUGCUGAUUGUUUGAUUGACAGACGAUAACUCCACCCACACAUUCUUGAUUAUCAAGUAACAUUCUCGAUGCCUACGGUAGCCUCGACUGUCUGUCCUUUCAUCCAAGCUGUAUCCAAGCCAUCCAAGGGUCUACAGAGUUGAUUUUGGGCUUCUUAUGUAAAUAAAGGUCUUUCCAUAACAUUUGAAGCCUAUAGAAAGACUUGCAAUAGGCAUAUUUAGCUCUUAACUAAUGUAUCUUUAAUUUCAUUAGUAUUUAAUAAAAGACACAGUUGUUGUUCUGUUUGAAUUGAAGUUUUUAAUUGUAUUAAUCAUAAAAUUUUCACGACUUUUACAAACUGAAUUCUUUCUUAAAAACUUGUUUCUGUAUGGUAACUGUGCAAUGACUUGAUAAUAAUUUUUUGAAGGAAAUUUUAAAUGCUGUAAUUUCUACAUAUAUUGUAAUUUUUAUAUCCAUUGGUAGAAUGUAAUGUUAUGAAAGAACCCAAUGGAUAUGAAUAGACAUAUGUUGAUAAGAUUCGGUUGUUGAAUGAUUGAAUGAAAAUAGAUUUUUGAUACUGAAAAUUUUUCUUUUGGUUUUGUUAUUCAUUUAAACUUCAGACCAAACAUAGAUUGUUUAAUUUAAUUAGAGGCCAAGCUCAUGGAAGAAGUUACCUCUUUAUAUUGCUAUGUAGUGUGAAUGUGUUGUAAAUAUGCUGUGCAUGGUUGAUCAAAUGAUAUGACUUUAAUGCUCUACCUUUCCUAAUAUUGUCUAAAUAUAGUCUUUUGACUGAAUAUUCCUUUUUAAAAUUAUUCAAUUUCUUUUUUUAAGAGUUGUUGUACUCUACAUAUGAUUGAUAACAUAAAGGAAUAUCAAUAACCAAUGUGAUAUAUAGCUAAAUCUGUUGUAUUACAGGGCUAGUAGGCAUGGGGUAUUAUGAUCAUUGUUUAUUUUACAAAUUCUUAUGAAGAUUGGCUUUGUACUUCACUUAUUAAGUUAAUUGCUUUGGCAAAUUUGGAAAUGUUGGAUUUAACUAAUGACUACCAAAUUCAAAUCAUUAGUGAUCAUCUAUAGAUGCGAAGUGGGUUAUAUAUAAGAUGGUGUGGAGCAAACAACCUUUUUUUUUUGACACUGUGAGGGAAUAUAUCGUCAGUACAACUGUUUGUAGUUUUCAAUAAAUGUCCCAAGAAACCAAAUAUUGAAUUAUUAGAAGCCGCAUUGGAAAUUUGAUCAUAACAAUUAAUGAUCCUUUAAAAAAAAAUCUGAAUUAUAUAUAUAGUCAAUUUCAGAGGUCAAUAAAUAAUCUUUCAUAUAUGGAACACAAUUAAUUUCAGAGGUCAAUAAAUAAUCUUUCAUAUAUGGAACACAAUUAACAAAGAAUAUAUUCUUUGAAUGUAUUCUUUGAAUGGCAUUUAGUAAUCAAAUAAAACACAAUUUAUGGAUAACAAUUACUAUGGUUUAUUUCAUUGCAAUAUUUCAACAAGAUUUCACAACUCUUUAUCAAACAUAUGUCAACACAAAUAAGUUGUGAAAUCCUGUUGAAACGGCGCAGUGAAAUAAACCAUAGUUAUUGGUAUCCAUAAAUUGUGUUUUAUUUGAUAACAAGGAAUAUAUUACAAAGUACUUAUCAGAUUUAGAUUAAAAUAUUAUUUUGUAUAUGAACCAGCGGCUGCCAGGCAGGAUACGCCCACAUUUUCAAGAGAUGGAUAGAGAACAAGCUAACAAGAAAGUGAUUUUUCCUACAAUCAAGGGCCAUAAUUCAGGAAAUUACAAUUCGAUACGCGCAAAUAUCGAAAGGAACUGAACGAACGGCCGCCAUUUUGUCUGUCAAUUUUCAUGAAAUUCGAAUUCAGUCAUCCUUAGGGUGUAACGGUGAUAUAAUAGAACGGGUUUUUAAUUCGGAUAAAAAUUAUGACUUCUAUAGGGUCCACAAGCUAAAAACGUGAUUUUUCGUACAAUCAGGGGCCAUAAUUCAGGAAGUUACUGUCAUUUAUGCGCGAAUAUCGAAAGGAACUGAGAUCUUUGGGUUAUAAACUUACAUUUCAAGUUUCAAGAAAAUCGGAUCAAAACUGUGACCUCUAUAGGGUCCACAAGCUAAAACGUGAUUUUUCGUACAAACAGGGGCCAUAAUCCAUGAAGUUUCGAUCCGAUACAUGCCAAUAUCGAAAGCAGCCGAGAUCUUUUGGGGAUUAACCUAAAUUUCAAGUUUUGUCGAAAUUGGAUAAGAAUUGUGACCUGUAGAGAGUCCACAAACAAUUGUGGACGGACGGACAGUGGCGACGGCAUAAUACGUCAUGUGGACGUAUAAAAAUAUGCUCUUUAUUCUUGUGGUACAAACUAUUUAUCAGAAUUUUCUGAUUUGUAAUUUUUCUAGAAGAUGCAAAAAUUACAUUUGAUCAGUAAUUGGUUUGUCUCAUAACCAGUAUGUGUAUUCCUUUUUGUUACCUAUCAUUUAGAAAUUGAUUGUCAAAAGUAUUGUUUUCCUAUAAAAUAUUUAUUGGCUCAGAUUUGUUUUACAAUUGUAUAUUUCAAGUACAUUUGCAAAUUGUAAACUUAAGAAAAUAAUAGGGAUUGUAUGAAAGUUAAAUUAAGUUUUUCUUGGGGGCAUGAACAUAGAAUUUUUGACGAAGUAGAGAUGGUCAAACACUGUAGUUUUCUGUCAAGAGAAACUCCUGAUUUUCUGUUGGAGGUUCGUUACAAACCUUUGAUACAUCAAAAGGGGCGAUUAGGCCAAACAAUUUAAUUUUCAGUUCUAUAGGAUCUUGAUAAAUAAAUAGCCAUGUUAAUCACGUGAAAGAUGCUCAGUUCGAAGAAUUUUUCUUACAAAGAAACAAAAUUUUAACAGGUGUUCCCUAAGAACAGCAAAUCAAAUUGGUGUGGCCUUAAGGAAAAAUGACAGGAAACUACACAGUGUACAUCUGACCUAGCUCCAAAUCUGGAUGAAUUGGCUAUAUCUGUAUUGUGCACUGUUUGAAGUCAUACAUGUAGAUGUAUAUUUUGUAAUGCUUAUUUUCAGUGUGUUCAAGGUAUUACUGUGUAGUACUAUUCAGUUGAUUUAAUUAAAGAAACAAAUAUUUUCAAAUAGUACAA